GGGAAAGUCGUAUAUGAUCACAAACUUUGAAUUCCUUUUUUUAUUAAAUCUCACCUGAACCUAACUCAGUACUUAGCUGCAAAGGUAAUGCAGCUUGCGGAAAAGACGCGCAACGUGAGGCAGAGUUGUCAUAUCCGCCGCAGACAGUCAUAACAGUGAGUUCCCGUUUUCAUGUGAACUGUCACUGCAGUUUCAGGCUUUAUCCUGUUGCUAAGCAUUGUAUUUAUCUGGUUUUAGCAGUAAGGUAGGCGGAGCAUGACGUCAUCUCAUAGAGGGUGUUUGAAUAAAGUACACUUAGCAGGGAUGGUAGCGGAAUGCUUAACUGAGAGGCUGCGGAGCAAUUUGACACCAGGUCCCGCUUUCCCUUAUUUGACAGUCGGGAAGGAAUAGAGGACACCAUGCUGCAGCUCGGAGAUGAAGUCACCUUGUACUCGGUGGUCUUCGUGCUGGUCCUACUGGGGACCCGCAGCCCGGUGUGGACCACCGCCCUCACCGUCUCCCUCUACCUCUUUGUGGCCAUGUUCCGGUUCCCCCAGGUACCGAGCAGCCGAGCCAGGCAGGUGCUGCACCCGCUCAGGGGCACGGUGGGCUCCGGCCGGGUGUCGGUGGUCGCUCACCGGGGCGGAGGGCACGACGCUCCGGAGAACACGAUAGUCGCCAUACGAGAGGCCAGUAAAAAUGGGGCGACAGGUGUGGAGUUGGACCUGGAGUUCUCAGCCGACGGCGUCCCGAUACUGAUGCACGAUGAGACUGUGGACCGGACCACCAACGGGUCGGGACCCCUCUGCCAGAUGAGACUGUCAGAGCUGGGUAAUCUGGACGCAGCUGCUAAACACAGACUCAGCGACACGUUUGCUGGGGAGAAGAUCCCGACUCUGGAGGAGGCGGUGGAGGAGUGCAUCAAACUGCAGCUCACCAUCUACUUUGACGUUAAAGGUCACCCAGAUGAGGCAGCUGCAGCCCUGAAAGAAGUGUAUAAAAAACACCCAGUCCUCUACAACAGUAGCAUUGUCUGCUCCUUUGAGCCCAAAGUCAUCUACAGGAUGAGGCAGAGCGACCCAGAAGUGGUCACAGCACUGACCCACCGGCCAUGGAGCCUGAGUCGGUUGGGAGACGGUGCCUCCCGAUUCUCGUCGCCAUGGAAACACAGUUGGAUGACAGCAUUGGACGUGAUGUUGGACUGGGCGCACCAUCACGUGCUGUGGAAGCUCUGUGGCAUCUCAGCCUUCCUCGUACAGAAGAACCUUGUCUCACCGGAAUAUGUCCAGUACUGGGCCCAGAGGGGGGUAGAAGUGGUAGCAUGGACAGUCAACACUAAAGUGGAGAAGGACUACUACCAGGAGCUGCUGCAAGUCAACUACAUCACAGACAGCCUGGUGGAGGACUGUGACCCCCAUUACUGAGAAACAUAUGAUGCCAGCACAGGAUGUGAUCACACACACACACUGAUUAAAAAGAUCAGAUCUGUACGGACCAUUUCAUUUUUCUACUUGUCACUCAAAAUGGGGCACCAGGUAAGAGAACAAGUGCCACUCUUUUCUUCUGCACAUGUCACAUUGUGAAUGUGUGCAUGUUAGUUUGAGGCGAUCAAACGAACCAGAAAGGGUGCUAAACGUAAUAACAAGGGACAUGGUAUGCAUUUAUAGAUAUUUUGGUGUCCAAAUGUACUGUGUUCACCAACUCAGGACUGCAAUGAUUGUUUUCUUGGUAAUGAUGUAUGUUCUUCUGUAUUUCAAGUCCCACAGUGCAGUAUCACACACUGUCUGUGCUUUUUACCAAUAAACAUUUCAUGUCUUUUACCAAAGCAAAUAAGGAUGUAGAAUUAAAUAUGAUGAGUAAACAUA